GAGUUCUGGUGGAGCACUCCCCAAAAGAAAAAAGAAGAAGAGGGGCACUGUUUCAGGUUUUCAGGGAUAUAGUGCAUAAAGUAUUUUCAACCUGACUUCCGUUUCCCCUGAAAAACUUAAGUAGCGACUCCGCUCAGGUACACUGAUUAUCGACCUGUCCUUUCACACUCCAUCGGUACUUCCGCUGUAAAUCUGCGAGGACAUCGUCAACACUUCUGUGGAGCGCUCGACAGGGACCAGCGAAAACGACUGUUCCUUGGUCAAACUCCACGGCAGGAUGAAGACGCAGGGUGUGUUGGUGGCGGUGUCGAUGCUGACUAGCGUAGCUCUGCUGGGACUGAUAAACGUGCGGCGGAAAGAAGAGGUGAAGGAGCAGAAACAUGAAUCGUUCGCGAUGAUUAAACUGCGUGUGACCAGAGACGUACUGGGAGAGUACCACCAAGAGGUGAUCAGUGCCCACAACCUGCUGGACAAGACCAAGGCUCAGGUGGAUACUCUGGGGUCAGAACUCCCCCCACUGCAGGCUGCAGAGGCCAAGAAGAAGAGUGAACUGGAGGCAUGCCAGGGAGAAAAGAAACAGGCUGCUGACGAGGUGGGGGCCGUCGAGGCAGAGAACAGUAACUCCAAAACUGAGUUUGAGAAGCAGAAGGCUGCCUGGGAAGCAGAGGUGACGUCACUCAAACAGCAGGUGGAGCAGUACAGCAAAGUGUGUGCCUUUGUGAAGAAGGACUCUGUAGAGGGCAGGAAACUGUGUGGGGAUGAACCGCCUAAACAAGAGGCCGCCCCCAAACCAGAUGCCCCCAAACCAGAUGCCCCCAAACCAGAUGCCCCCAAACCAGAUGCCCCCAAACCAGAUGCCCCCAAACCUGAUGCUCCCAAACCUGAUGCUCCUAAAGAAGCCCCUAAACAAGAGGCUGACCCCAAACCAGACGAACCCAAGCCUGGGGCCCCAAAGAGGAGAUGAGCAGAGCUGGGGUGGAAGAAGAGAACGGGAAGAGCAACAUGGAAUCAAAGACAAGACAAAUAAGGAAGCCGGAUGAAAAAUGGAGACCUUUUUAAACUCAAUCGUUAGAACUUGCCCUUCAUGCUACUUUAGACUGUUUAUGAACUACCAUCUAACACAUAUAAGUGGAUAUUGAAUACUUUUUGUUAACCUUGUCCAUGCCUCUCUGUCAGUAUGACCCUCCCUCAGGGUGUGUGUGUGAUUUGAACAAAUGUGUACGUGCCACCAGUAUCGACCAAUCGGAAAGUCCAGAGCCUCUCUGUCACUCCUCAUCAUCCUCACUCUGUUACCCCGGUGACGGUAUUAUGUAGUCGUGGCGACCAUAGCAUUGACCAAUCAGAAGUUGUGGAUUAAACUAACUGUUAUUUCUGUUAGUCUGAUUCUGAUGUAAUAAAGCUUAACCCUAAAGGAA